UCCCGGGUCUCCAGUCAGUGGGCAUCUCGUUGUUUUGCCUUCGGGAGCGGCGGCCACGGGGUUCGCAGGAAAGCGGAGCUGAGUGCGAUCUGGUCUGGCGAGGGGAGCAAGUCGGAUUCAGUUUUCCUUUGCCUGGCUGGGUUGUGAGGAAGACACGGUGUCCUCCUGGUCUCCCGCUCCGAGGAGCCGCAGGCCGGGGUCCUGGGGACGCCCGCCCUGACCCUCCGCACGCCGCCUCCACCCGCAGCCAGCCCGCUGCCAUGGCCGACCACCUGAUGAUCUCCGAGGGCUACCGCCUGGUGCCGGUGCCGCCUCCCGCCGCUCCGGCACACGGGCCUCACGCGCUCCGGACUCUGCAGCCUUACGCCGGCCCGGGCCUGGACGGCGGGCUGCGGCCGAGGGGGGCUCCACUGGGGCCGCCGCCGCCCCCACCCGGGACCCUGGCUUAUGGAGCCUUUGGACCGCCGUCUUCCUUCCAGCCCUUUCCAGCCGCACCGCCUCCGGCUGCCGGCGGCGGCGCGCACCUGCAGCCGCCGCCGCCCGCGCAGGCUCUGGGAGGCAUGGACGCCGAACUCAUCGACGAGGAGGCGCUGACGUCGCUGGAGCUGGAGCUCGGGCUGCACCGCGUGCUCGAGCUGCCCGAGCUCUUCCUGGGCCAGAGCGAGUUCGAUUGCUUCUCGGACUUGGGGUCGGCGCCGCCCGCCGGCUCCGUGAGCUGCUGACCGCGCCCGAGAGGAGACGUGGGCCUGGCUGCCCGCCGGACUCUGCCCCCAGCCGCCCGGCCCGCACGCGCCCUCCGGGAGGGCGGACACGGCGGGUUUGCCCGCGGAGCCCGGCGCCGGGCUGAGACGCCUGGCUUGCCUCCAGACCCUGCCUCCCCGCCCCGAGGACGCUCUUGCAUUUUCUCCCACCCGUGCCCCAGCGGGAAGGUGAAGGGGACUAGACCACUUUCGGACUCCGCGUUCUUGGACUCUGCGUCCUGGCUCUUUCCUCACCCCUUUCCCACCCCCUAAUCUGAGCCAUGGCAGACUUCUGCCUGAUUUCCCGACUCCUCGUGCAGCUCACGACCGGGACUGGGUCCUCGGAGCAACGAUUCCCCGAUCCCUCAUUGUCGCUGGGGGAGGAAAGCUUGUACAGCCCUUAACCACCGCCGAGUGGAGCGAUGCCCCAUUUGGCCUCCCAAACCGAAAUAAACCUGGAUCCUUUUACA